AUGUCCGACACUUCCUACUGUCAGGUUUCCGACAAAGGGGCGGAGACAGUCAGGGGAGAGACCGGACCCGUAGCUACUGGCCCAUCUGGACCUCAGGGAUCUAGAGGCGAGCCCGGACCCAAUGGUGCUGUUGGCCCCGUUGGUCCCUCUGGUAACCCUGGUGCUAAUGGCCUGAAUGGAGCUAAGGGAGCUGCUGGCACCCCUGGUGUUGCCGGAGCUCCUGGCUUCCCUGGACCAAGAGGAGGACCCGGACCACAGGGACCUCAGGGUGCUGCUGGACCUAGAGGCCUGGGUGGAGAUCCUGGUGUUCAGGGUAUAAAGGGAGAUACUGGUCCCAAAGGAGAACCUGGUAACUCUGGACCUCAGGGAGCCCCCGGACCUCAGGGUGAGGAGGGCAAGAGAGGACCCACUGGUGAGCUCGGUGCUACUGGGCUUGCUGGUGCCCGUGGAGCUAGAGGUGCUCCUGGCAGCCGUGGCAUGCCUGGUGGUGAGGGAAGAACUGGCCCUGUUGGUAUGCCUGGUGCCCGUGGUGCUUCUGGUGCUGCUGGACCUCGUGGACCCCCUGGAGAUGCUGGCCGUGCUGGUGAGCCUGGCCCAGCUGGUCUCAGGGGUCUCCCAGGAAGCCCUGGAAGCUCCGGACCCCCAGGAAAGGAGGGACCUUCUGUAUGGUCGCUCCAGGCCGGCUGGACACAGGCGGGCCGCAGGGGCCCUCGCAGGCAAGGACUGAGCUGGUCCGGAAACAUGGUGUUGUCCCUGGCCAAAGGCCUCUGGAAGCGUGGUCUCGCAAGAUUUAAACAUGAACGCGAUGGGAGUCUGGGACUUAAGACGAGUGCCAAGCUCCGUGCUGGCUCGCGGCUGCUGCUAGUAUGGUCGGUCUCUGCGGAUCAGGAGGACUGGGAGAAGAGGCAGGGAGCCUGUGUGCUGGGCUCCAGUGUGGACCUAAUGUGUCUGCGAAGAUUAGAAAAGUGGCGGUGGCCAGGUGUGACAGCCAGGGCAGCUACUGGCCGGCUGGGACUCAAUGGUGUGAAGCCGUUGUUGACCUGCGGACCUCCGGGAUCGCUGUGA